CCAAAAACUCGGAAAUUGGAUUUUUUUUGGGGGGAGGAAGGAGUUCGGUUUCCCUUGGCGAAGAAGAAGAAGAAGAAGAAGAUUGGGUUCGCUCGCUCCCCUCCCACGAACGCUUCAACGGCACUAAUUUCCCGGAGCUUCUUCCGAUUCAGAAAUGAUGCGCGGUUGAAUCGGCUCGGCUGGGCGGCGGCGGCGGCGGCAGCGGCUUCGGCGGCAUUGGCGUUGUGAUCGGGUCUCCGGCUCGAGGGAAGAUCUGAAGGCGUGAAGUGGGGGGAGGAGGAGGACGAGGAGGAGGGGGAAAUGAGCGCGUCGAGGUUCAUCAAGUGCGUCACCGUCGGCGACGGUGCCGUCGGUAAAACCUGCCUGUUGAUUUCUUAUACCAGCAACACUUUCCCCACGGACUAUGUGCCAACGGUGUUUGACAAUUUUAGUGCAAAUGUGGUGGUUAAUGGAAGUACUGUCAAUUUGGGAUUGUGGGAUACUGCUGGACAAGAGGAUUAUAACAGAUUAAGACCUCUAAGUUACCGUGGAGCAGAUGUUUUCAUACUUGCUUUCUCUCUCAUAAGCAAGGCCAGCUAUGAAAAUGUUUCUAAGAAGUGGAUUCCAGAAUUAAAGCAUUAUGCACCUGGUGUGCCAAUAAUUCUCGUGGGAACAAAGCUGGACUUGCGAGAUGAUAAGCAGUUCUUUAUAGACCAUCCUGGUGCAGUGCCUAUUACAACCCAGCAGGGAGAGGAAUUAAGGAAGCUGAUUGGAGCGCCUGCAUACAUUGAAUGCAGUUCAAAAACACAACAGUCCUAUCUUGAGUGCAGAACGUGAAGGCUGUCUUUGACGCGGCCAUAAGGGUUGUGCUUCAACCACCAAAACAGAAGAAAAAGAAGAGCAAAGCACAAAAAGCCUGCUCAAUAUUGUGAUUGAGACUAGGUGUAAAGAGAUGUAACAAGCUUUCCGACCUGCCUGUAUCUCCUUUUGAUCUUUGUUCGUUCUACCGGUGAGCAGCUGCUUUUGUUGGGUCAUUCCUCGUCUCGACUAACAAGACUCAGGUCCUCAGGGAGCAUCUGGUGUAUGGGUACCCUUUUAUUGGCGUCAUUGCGAUCUCUAAUUACAAUCAUCAUCAUUGUGUUAUCCACUCUUUUCUUAACUCCAUUUCUGAUUUUGCUUUAUCUAUUAUGAGACUGUACUUAGGAAACAAAAAAAAGAAAAACCUGUCUUUCGCGGGCAGUUGUAUUUCUCGCUUUGCAACUCCUUGGCGAGGCUUGAAUAUGCCUGUGCUCCUCUCACGUUCUUUUGUUAGUCACUCGUGCAGAAUUUGAUGAGCUUUUCUGAUA